AUGUACAAGGCCUGUCCAAGACGAGCAGCUGCCACCUACGCACAGAUGGCCGGAGGUGGCAACACGAAUACGAGCCGCAGACCGACAAAGACCAGCGAGGCACCAGAAAAUAGCACGGAAACGGUGCCUGGAGGCACCCAGAAGGAGGAGCAGGUGAGGAGUCGGGUUGUAACAAUCCAGAUGUACAACCCUUACAUCCCAGCAGCAGACGUCCUGACCUUCUUGAAGAGAUACGUCCAGGUCGAGGGAGAGUGUACCGAUGUGGUCGAUCCUUUCGGGAUCUGGACCAGCAAAAGACAGGCUGCUGGUAAUGAAGAAGUGGCUGAAGGUGAUGAGAAUGUGGAGCGAGGGAAUUGGUCCUCGAAGGUUGACUACGUGCUCUCUGCGAUCGGGUGUGUGGUGGGUCUGGGCAAUGUCUGGAGAUUCCCUUACCUGGCUUACAAAAAUGGAGGAGGUGCAUUCCUCAUUCCCUAUCUUACCAUGUUGCUAUUUGCUGGGAUGCCACUGUUUUUCUUGGAGUCUUCUUUUGGGCAGUUUGCCAGCCUCGGGCCUGUGGCAGUGUGGAAAGCUGUGCCAAUAUUACAAGGUGUGGGCAUAACUUUGGUAGUAAAAGGAUUCUUCGGAAACAUUACCUACUCCUGUGUCCUUGCCUACAGUCUGUACUACCUGUUUGCUUCCUUCCAAUCACCCCUGCCAUGGUCCGACUGCUUCAGUUGGUGGGGAGCAGAUGAAAAUUGCAGCAGGACACCCAAAGACCCACUCUGCAAUCUCACUCUGAAUGAUGGAUAUUUUGAAAUCGUUAAUGCAACAUGGCUGCAGGCAAACAACAAAACUUGUCCCAUUGGAUCCGAAAUCCCUAUUCCUUACCAGGGUCCGAGUGAGCAAUACUGGGAUAAAGCGGUUUUACGCCGUACAAGUUCAGUGGAUGAGACUGGGGACAUAGUCUGGCAUUUAGCGCUCUGUCUGCUUCUGACCUGGCUAAUAGUUGGGGCAUCGUUAUCAAAAGGAACCAAAUCUUCAGGAAAGGUGGUUUAUCUCACUGCGACAUUUCCUUUUGUGAUUCUCGUCAUCCUCCUGAUCCAAGGGCUUACACUGGAAGGAGCCUCUGAAGGAAUUGAAUUCUACAUCGGAAGCCAAUCAGACUUCACCAAACUGACUGAGGCUCAGGUCUGGAUAGAUGCUGCAGUUCAAAUUUUCUUUUCUUGUUCAGUGGGUUCUGGCCUCUUAAUAACACUGUCUUCAUACAACAAAUUCCAUAACAACUGUUAUCAAGACACCAUCAUUAUCUGUGUUGUUAAUUCUCUCACGAGUUUUUUUGCUGGAUUUGUCAUCUUCUCCAAUCUUGGACACAUGGCUUAUGUCCAAAACAAGACUAUUUCAGACAUUGCACAGUCAGAUUUCGAUUUGGUUUUCAUUGUCUAUCCAGAGGUUGUUUCACAGUUGCCAUGGGCACCGUUUUGGUCCAUUUUGUUUUUCCUCAUGAUGUUCAUGCUGGGAAUUGACGGUCAGUUUGCAGAUUUAGAAAAUGUCAUAACAAUUCUGCUGGACAGGUUUCCGGAAUACCUACGAUCAAAGCGCGUUGCUCUGACAAUUGGCCUUUGCAUAUUGUUUUAUUUGUUUGGCCUUGUGAGUGUAACACAGGCUGGAAUUUACUGGCUGAAUAUAAUUGAUUAUUUCAGUAUUGGAUGGGUCCUCAUUUUAACAGCACUGCAGGAACUCUUCGGUAUAGUUGCUAUUUAUGGGACAAACAAGUUCAUCAAGGACAUUGAGAUGAUGAUUGGGGAAAGGACUUGGCUCUUCUGGCUGUGGUGGAAACUCUGCUGGUCAUUUGUCUCUCCAUUUGUAUUAGCAAUGGUCUUCUUCUGGUCCCUAAUGACGUUUGUCCCACCAACGUACGAAUCUACUCGAUAUCCUGGCUGGGUAAUAGUAUUUGGCUGGUGUCUGAUUAUUAUAAUUGUUAUCUGGAUCCCUAUUGUGGCUGUAAUAAAAAUUAUUCAAGCUGAUGGCUCCAACUUGUACCAGAAAUUUACUGCCGCUUUCAAAUCAGCCCCUGAUUGGGGUCCGUACUUGGAACAGCAUAGAGGGGCAAGAUACAGGAAAAAGCCUGAUUUACCAGAAGCCCAUGUCAGUAUGGAAACUCUGUCAUUAGGAUCUUUGUGAAAUUUUAAAGAAAAAUGUAUUCUUAACUUGUGAUCAAUUGUAAAAUCCUCCUCUCUUCUGGUGUUCAUUCAUUGUAAUUUCAAUGGGGAUUCUCUUGUGCAGCCAG